AGAGAGAACCCAGGAGUCCUGGCUGAAGAACCAGGCAGAGAUCCGGGGGGAGGGGGGAUUCUCCGUGACGUGACCUUCAACUUACACACAGGAACCGGGCACCAGACUCUGUGACUCCCUGGGGCUAAGGAUCAGGCCCUGUGAAGGCGGAGGGCACACAUUACUAUUGCUGUUUAUUAGGUGUAUUAUGGUAGUGAUAGGUGCGGUACAUCACGAUGGCUGUUUAUUAGGUGCAUUACGGUAGUGAUAGGUGCGGUACAUCACAAUGGCUGUUUAUUAGGUGCAUUACGGUAGUGAUAGGUGCGGUACAUCACGAUCACUGUUUAUUAGGUGCAUUACGGUAGUGCUGGGUGCGGUACAUCACAAUCGCUGUUUAUUAGGUCAGUGGUUUUCAAACUGCAGGUCAUGACCCAGCACUGGGUCGUGGCGGCUCUGGUCAGCACCACCUAUCAGGCCGUUAAGUCCCAUCGGCGGUGCUGCCCGGCUAAGACAGGCUGGUCCCUACUUGUUCUGACACCGCGCUGCGCCCCAGAAGCGGCCAGCAGCAGGUCCGGCUCCUAGGCGGCGGGGGCGGGGGAAGGGUACGGGGCUCCAUGUGCUGCCCCCGCCCCGAACACCGGCUCCGCUCUCCCAUUGGCCAGGAACCUGCCAAUGGGAGCGGGGGAGGGGGGCGGUGCCUGUGGGCAGGAGCCGUGCCGAGCUGCUUGCGUGCCUCCGCUUAGGAGCCGGACCUGCUGCUGGCCGCGUCCGAGGAGCAGCGCAGACCACGAUGCCAGGCCAGGCAGGAGGCCUGCCUCUGCCCCCGUUGUGCCGCUGACCGGGAGCCGCCUGAGCGGUGGCCAUGGCAGCCCCGGCGGGCUUGGAUGACGCUUUCCUCCGGGAGCUGCGGACCCGCUACGAAGCCCACGACCCCGUCACGGCCGCCGCCCGCCUCCAGGCCCUGGUGGACUCGGUCAACACCCUGAAGGUCAACGUGGCUGUGGUGGGCCGCCGGGGCGCCGGGGUCACCACGCUGAUCCACGCCCUCGUGGAAGAACGCCCCGGCCUGGACAACGCCCAGGCCUUCUUCCAGCAGGCGCCGGAGCCCCCGGGGCAGCCGGCCGGCUACCCCCACCCCACCUACCCCAACCUGGCACUGUGGGAUCUCCCGGGCUUCCAGGAGCCGGAGAAGCCGGGCGACUACACGAAGCGGCUGGGGGACCUGGGGAAGUUCACCUGCCUGGUGCUGGUGGUGGCCGAGGGAAGCCCGGCAGAUCCCCACCUGCAGCUCCUCAAGGCCUUCCAGCAGAAGCGGAAGCCCUACUACGUGGUGCGCACCAAGGUGGACCUGGACUUGCACACGGCCAAGCGGCGGUUCCGGGCCCGGUACAGCUCGGCCGAGGCGCUGGCCCUGGCCCGGAACGGGGUGGCCGAGGUGCUGGCCAAGAACGGGCUGGAGCCCAACAGGGUUUUCCUGGUCUCGGCCCUGGAGACGGACAGGUACCAGUUCAGCCAGUUCCAGGACAAACUGGAGGAGGAGCUAAUCCAGCUGAAGAGGGCCCACGACGGGGAGCUGGAGGACCUGAGGGCUGUGAACACGAGGAAGACCCAGGAGCUGUACCAGGCCUGUGCCACGGGGGGACUGGCAGGGGUGCCUGCCAUCAUCCGCUCGGCGCUGGAGGAGCCCUCGCAGAUCCGGCUGGACGUGGCAGUGCUGGGGGAGGCUGGCUCGGGCAAGUCGGCGCUGGUGAACGCUCUGAGGGGGGUGGGCUGCGGGGAGCCAGAGGCAGCACCCACGGGGGUGACGGCCACCACCCGGAAAGCCACAGCUUACGCCCACCCCACCGUGCCUGGCCUGUAUCUGUGGGACUUGCCGGGAGUGGGGGUAACAGAGGAGGACGUGGGGCGGCUGGAUCUGUCCCGUUACGACUUCUUCCUGCUGACGGCCUCGGAGCGCUACCGCCACGCCCAGAGCCAGCUCGCCCGGGCCAUCAGCGCGGCCGGGAAGCGGUUCUUCUUCAUCAGGACCAAGGUGGAUGUGGACGCCCAGCCCGGCUCUGAGCCCGGCCCCGAGCCCGGCCCCUUGGAGGAGAUCCGGAGCAGCUGUGUGGAUGCCCUCCAGAAGGACGGCGUGGGCUCCCCCAGGGUCUUCCUCGUCUCCAGCCUUCUCUGCGAGGCCUACGACCUGCCGGCCCUCCGGGCGGCCCUGGAGAGCGAUGCCCCAGCCUUGAAGAGGGAGGCACUGGAGAAGGCCAUCCCCGUGGCCUUGAGCCGCCUGGUGAGGAGGAAGAGCAAGGCGCUGAUGAAGGACGUCUGGGGCAAGACCCUGAAGACCUGCCUGUACUACGCAGAGAAACCUGGCCCGGAUGUGGCCACCAGCCUCGUCAACACAAUCUCGGCUUUCUCCAUCGAGCUGGGCCUGGACGAGGAGUCCUUGGCCCAGGUGGCCAAAGCCACAGGGAAGCCGGCCGGGCUGCUCCAGGCCGAGAUCCGGAGCCCCUGGGUCAAGCGGCUGGACCCGGAGCAGGUGCUGAAGCAGAUCACUAAGCCAGCGCCCUUCUCCUCCCGAAUGUGGGGCUUUGUGCCCUACUGGGGCCGCGGGGCCGAGGGGCAGCCCGAGAUCUCCCUGGAGGCCACCUACAGGCUGCUGACACAGGCCCUGACAGAGAUGACGGAGGACGCAGAGCGGAUGCUGCACCAAGCCCAUGCCAAGGAGUAGGGGGAGAGGCUGUUUGUAGAGUAUUUCCUCCCCCAGCGCGGAGAUGCAGCCACCUCUGAGGCGGGCUCGGGGGCUGUGUAUGUGGUGCUGGAUUCCAGCCAGGGCGGCUGUGACACAGGGGUUGCUGCUGCAUUAGAGGAGUGUGGUUGUAUAGCUGUGGCAUUGCAUGGUUUUUUCCUGUGUCCCGCACUUGUCAGAAUAACGUGCGACCUGCCCGCCUAGGGGGCGCCCUGCUGAGCUCAGCGAGGCUGAUGUUCUAGCCAGGGACACACACACUGGGCCCUCCGCAGCGCAGACUUUGUAUUAGUUCUUUCUUGUCUGUUUUCCUUCAAUCAGAAAUAAAAGGGAGACCCGGACAGGA